CAAGGCCAGAGUGGAGGAAGGAAGGAGAAAACUGGGCAGAAGCACAGAGGUGGAGAUGAACAGGAACUAGGAAGUGCAAGGAGAGAGUGGACAAUUAAAGUGGAGAUCGAAUCUCGGUAGCAAGGAGAGGGACCUGAGGGAAAAAGGGAAGGAGACAAGGGGUGAGAAAAGAGGGCAGUCGGUUUAGGGGAGAAGAGGGAAGGGCAGAGGAGAGGAUCUGUGUCACGGAGGCAGGAGGCCCACGAUGUCUGCGCCUCAUGCUCAGGAGCAGCCAAGCAGGUCCAGGGAGCGGCAACCGCUGGUAGCUCGCCGGUGGGGUCCCCAACGGUGGAGAAGGACAGCGGCUGCUGCGGUGUUGGUGGUGGAGAUGCUGGAACGCACUGCUUUCUUUGGCAUCACCUCCAACCUUGUGCUCUACCUCAACAGCUUGAACUUCAAUUGGGAGGGCGGGCAGGCGUCAAGGGCCGCACUCCUCUUCCUGGGCGCCUCCUACCUGCUGGCUCCUGUGGGAGGCUGGCUGGCGGAUGUGUACCUGGGCCGCUUUCUCACCAUCUCUCUCAGCCUGGUACUCUACCUGGCUACCUCGGGCUUGUUGCUCGCAACCAUCACCGUCGAUGGCCGCAAAUCCUUCUGCGGAGAGAUGCCCUUGUUGCCGCUGGAACCCGCCUGCCCAUCUGCAGACUGCCCAAGCUCAUGGUCCAGUCCCUACUGUGCAACUACUCUCUACUUGGUGCUGCUGCUCCUGGCGCUGGCUGCCAGCUCCGUGAGGAGCAACCUCACUUCAUUCGGGGCUGACCAGGUGAUGGAUCUUGGACGGGAUGCCACCCGCCGCUUCUUCAACUGGUUCUAUUGGAGCAUCAACUUGGGUGCUGUGCUGUCCUUGCUGGUGGUGGCCUUCAUUGAGCAGAACAUCAGCUUCCUAUGGGGCUACAGCAUCAUCGUGGGCCUUGUGGGCCUGGCAUUCUUCAUUUUCCUCUUUGCCACCCCUGUCUUUAUCACCAAGCCCCCAACAGGCAGCCAAGUGUCAUCUAUGCUGAAGCUUGCAUUCCAAAAAUGCUGUCCCCAGCGUUCUUCCAGGAACUCUGACAAUGCCCACCUGCUGCCUGACCAGAGGUCUCACCAGCGGGGUCCUUCUCCACAAGAAGACAUGGCCAACUUCCAGGUGCUGGUGAAGCUCCUGCCUGUGAUGGUGACCCUUGUGCCUUACUGGAUGGUAUAUUUCCAGAUGCAGUCUACUUAUGUCCUGCAAGGCCUCCACCUCCAUAUCCCCAACAUCUUCCAGACCAACCCUACCAAUAGUUCUUUGGCUCUGAGCUCAGAACACAGUAACUACAGGAUCCCAGAAGCCUGGCUCCUGCUGGCCAAUGUUAUGGCAGUACUGAUUCUGGUCCCUGUCAAGGACCACUUGAUUGAUCCUCUCCUGCUUCGGUGUAAGCUACUGCCCUCAGCUCUGCAGAUGAUGGCCCUGGGCAUGUUCUUUGGGUUCACCUCGAUCAUUGCGGCAGGAGUCCUGGAGAAAGAGCGCUUACAGUACAUCAAUGCCAACCAGACAGUGCCUCAGCUGAUUGGGCAGGACUUGUACUAUGCAGCACCACUGUCUAUCUGGUGGCAAAUCCCCCAGUACCUGCUCAUCGGGAUCAGUGAGAUUUUUGCCAGCAUCCCAGGUCUGGAGUUCGCCUACUCAGAAGCUCCACGCUCCAUGCAGGGUGCAAUCAUGGGCAUCUUCUUCUGCCUUUCUGGGGUGGGCUCACUGCUGGGCUCUGGCCUGGUGGCCCUACUGUCCUUGCCUGGGGGCUGGAUGUACUGCCCCAAGGACUUUGGGAACAUCAACAACUGCCGGAUGGACCUAUACUUCUUCCUGCUAGCCGGCAUUCAGGCUGUCACAGCUGUCCUGUUUCUCUGGAUUGCUCGUCGCUAUGAGAGGACUCGUCAGGACCCAGCCUCCCAGAGCUCAUCCAGCAGGGUCAGGGGCUGAAUUAGUCUCCGCCCACACAGACAGUGUCACAGAAGAAUGGACUGUGCCCAUUCUCUUCUCAUUUAUUCUGUACCCAACAUUAGAAUGAAGUAUUUCCCAUAAAUAAGGGGCAUGCGCCCUCCCUCUUGA